GCCGUUUUUAAAACAUUUGCCACUUCCGCAACGUCACUAAUGACACGUAUUCAAGAUGGCGGCCGCUGCGAUGGUGACGUGGUGGGCCUUCACGCUUCUCACCUUAGCACCUUUAGUCCGGACCUUCUACGUUCCUGGAGUCGCGCCUCGAGAUUUCCAUGACGGAGAACCGGUGGACAUAAAGGCAGUGAAACUGACUAGCUCUAGGACCCAGCUUCCUUAUGAAUAUUACUCCCUGCCUUUCUGUAAGCCGGACUCUGUGGUUUACAAAGGAGAGAAUCUGGGCGAGGUCCUUCGAGGCGACCGCAUUGUGAACACGCUGUACAGCGUGGAAAUGAACAAAGACAAGAAGUGCGAGGUGGUGUGCGGCAGCAAGAAGCUCAGCCUGGAGGAGAGUAAGCUGGUGGCCGAGCGAAUCCAGGAGGAGUAUUACGUUCACCUUAUUGCAGAUAACCUUCCAGUGGCCACGAGGUUGGAGUUCUACCCCAACAGAGAGGCAGGGGGGGAGGAGCAGAGCAAGGACGUGGUGAAAGACGUGCAGUUUGAGCACGGAUACAGGCUGGGCUUCGUCGACAACAACAAGUUUUAUCUGCACAACCACUUGUCCUUCAUCCUGUACUUCCACAGGGAGAAACAGGAGGAGGGCGAAGUCCACAACUACAGGGUGGUGCGAUUCGAGGUGGUACCUCAGAGCGUGAAAGCAGAGGAUUUAAAGGCUUCAGCAACAGAGAAGACGUGUGUUUUGCCCGAAGCCAGUGACUCCCACGCCAUGGAGAUUGACCCCAACGUAGAGAACGAAGUCCUCUUCAGUUAUUCUGUUCACUGGGAGGAGAGUGAGGUGAAAUGGGCGUCUCGCUGGGACACGUACCUGACCAUGAGCGACGUCCAGAUCCACUGGUUCUCCAUCGUCAACUCCGUGGUGGUCGUGUUCUUCCUCUCUGGUAUUCUCAGCAUGAUCAUCAUCAGGACCCUGAGGAAGGACAUCGCCAACUAUAACCGGGAAGACGACAUUGAGGACACCAUGGAGGAGUCGGGGUGGAAGAACGUCCACGGGGACGUCUUCAGACCGCCUCAGUAUCCCAUGAUCCUCAGCUCCCUGCUGGGCUCAGGGAUCCAGCUCUUCUGCAUGUUUCUCAUCGUCAUCUUUGUUGCCAUGCUGGGAAUGCUGUCUCCAUCCAGCAGAGGAGCUUUGAUGACCACAGCUUGCUUCCUCUUCAUGUUCAUGGGAGUGUUCGGUGGUUACUUCGCUGGUCGACUGUAUCGCACACUGAAGGGCCAUCGGUGGAGGAAAGGAGCCUUUUGUACGGCGACUCUGUACCCCGGCGUGGUUUUUGGAAUCAGCUUCUUCCUGAACUUCUUCAUCUGGGGGGAACAUUCGUCUGGAGCCGUCCCCUUCACCACCAUGCUGGCCUUGCUCUGCAUGUGGUUUGGCAUCUCCAUGCCUCUGGUCUACCUGGGAUACUAUUUUGGUUUCCGUAAGCAGCCGUACGAUAACCCGGUCCGCACCAAUCAGAUCCCUCGGCAGGUCCCCGAGCAGCGCUGGUACAUGAACAAGUUUGUGGGAAUCCUGAUGGCUGGGAUCUUACCGUUCGGCGCCAUGUUCAUCGAGCUCUUCUUCAUUUUCAGCGCCAUCUGGGAGAACCAGUUUUAUUACCUCUUUGGCUUCUUGUUCCUGGUCUUCAUCAUCCUGGUGGUGUCCUGCUCUCAGAUCAGCAUCGUCAUGGUUUAUUUCCAGCUCUGUGCAGAGGACUACAGGUGGUGGUGGAGAACGUUCGUGGUGUCAGGCGGCUCCGCCUUCUACGUUCUUAUUUACGCCAUCUUUUACUUUGUCAACAAGCUGGACAUUGUGGAGUUCAUCCCCUCCCUGCUGUACUUCGGUUACACCGCCAUGAUGGUGAUUUCUUUCUGGCUGCUGACGGGCACGAUCGGCUUCUACGCCGCCUACAUGUUCAUCGGGAAGAUCUACGCCGCCGUCAAGAUCGACUGAGGCUCCGCCUCUGCGGCUCUCCGCAGUUUUUGAUUUUUCUCACAUUUAGGUUUUUGUAUUUUUUUAUUUUGCACUCUUGUUCAGAGAGCACUGACUCGAGUGUGGUGGGAACAGGAGCACAGCGCCAUCUACUGGUCUCAUGGAGGAGCAAGCGGCCUCCCCCUCCAUCUCACUCCCUUCCUGGUUUUUUUUUUGGUGUUCAGAACAGAGACGGUUUCAGAUCCUCUCCGUCACACAGCAGGCUAAAGCUUGACAGAUGAAGGUUUCUACCUUUUUUCGUUGUGUUGUUUUUGUCAGAUGAUUUGUGAUUUGUUUUUUUUUUUCUUUUCCUGUUAUGCUGCUGGGAUGUUUGUUUUUUUUUUGUCUUAAUUUUUCCCAUCAGUUUUGUCUUCACUCUUUCUGCUGAUCAUGUCUUUUGAUUGUCUCCCUUCAGCCUUUCCGGGUCUGGGAGGGACUGUCGAUGGGGACGGGGGGCGGGGAGGCUGGGAUUUAAAUGUUUGUAAUAUGGAACUGGUGGAAAAUGAUGCGGGGAGUUUUAUACUGUAACAGAAGAACGGAUGAAUGAAAUGUUCUGUUGUUUUUUACUGCAGCUCCAGUGCUUCUCCCUUGCAGAUCAGCGCCAUUGGACCAGACCAUUUGCCCCAAAAAGUCCCGACUGUUUGGUUUGGGUCUGAACUGUUCGUCAUUAACUGAGCAGCGCUCAACUAUGCAGUCAUGGAGGGUUUGAACUGUUCUGGUGGCCUACAGUUUAAAUCAAACUGAAAUUGUGCUUAUUGUGCAUAAACGUGGUUUCUUCUUACAAGCCCAGUUUUUUUUUCUUUCCUGCACCGGCUGUUCGGUUCUGCUCUUCACAGAUCUGCGCUUGCUCUGAAGAUCUAGUUUAGAGCCUCUCCAGGUCGCGAGGCUCCUGGAUGACUGUUACUGUCUGGAUGUAGAGUCUGCGGCACAAACCGGCGGGCGGAGGACGAGCUCCUGCUUUUCUGCGGCUCGCGUCGGUUGGAAGGGUUCCCUCAUUUUGAGUUCCCCCUACAUCGGUUUAACCGGGAUGGAAAUGGCUUUCACGAAAAACCCAAUUAGUAGAAAUGUUUUGCUCCUUUCCAGAACCGUUCCUGAUGAAGGAUAAAAGAUUUGACUUUCAAAAUAAAAGUUUAAUUUAAUGGCAGUCUUAUUGUUAUUAUUUUGUAUUUUAAACCUUUCUGCUCUGAUUUACUCACAAAUGUUUGCUAACGUUUCCCCGUCUAUCUUUAAGGUCUCAGAGAAAACAUCAGUAUUUAUUUAUUCUGGUUGACUCUUGCUUUUGCAGCCGUUGGUGAGCAGGUUUUCAGCAUAGGACUUUAGAGGAGGGGGGGGGUUCUGGUUCCUCCUGGAGCUUUAGCUGCUGUCCAAGGGGACCUCUGUUAUGGGUGGGGGGCUCUAGGGGCUAUUCCAGUGUAAAUAAAGACGGCUUUUGUGUUUGUUGCGGUUUGUGGCGCUCUGUAAUUAUUCCCACCCCUUUAUUUUAUUUUUUUUACUCAAAGCAUGAUGCCUUUGAUGACCAUGAGAAGAACCCUUUUCUUUUUCAGAAUGUACAAAACAAUAAAGUUCGAAGUUGAAUACAAA